AUGUCUGGAAAGCAGGUAGGCUAGUACACAUUGGCCAUUCACAGCUUAGUGUAACUAAGCAUAGUGUAACUGACCAUAUAAUCAGAGGAUGUUUUGAUACCGCCAACAGGUGCACUGAUAUCUCUAACAACUGACAACAUGAAUAACACGUGCCUUUGUUGGUUUUCCUGUCUUUUCUUCAAUGGGUAGCCAUUUGGAAUCGUUAAGGUGUGGUCGAUUUCCAAGAGGCUUGGGACCUAGUUAUAAUGAUAGCCAUGUCUAGAGUUUUCAGAUCGCGCGUCGAGAACAAUUACUCGACUACAUCUGAAUGUUUUCUGAAUGACAAAUUGGUCUUGACCAGUGCUUGAAGAGACCAGCAACAACAAAGAUGCGAGGGCACCCUUUGGUAGCGGCUUGGAAACACAUAUAGAGUUUCCACAGUUACAUGUAUUGGAGAUCUUUGUGGAAUUGUUGACGAUCUUGUCCAUAAUUUGCUAAUCUAUUUUAUUACGCUUCAGGAUCCUUACUCAGACACCUUGGUGAUUGGAGACGAGAUCGAGGAGUCUGAUUCUGCCACUGUCUCUGUCAUUACUGUUUGUGAGGAGAGCACAUUGCCAGCCACGGUGUGUGCAGCGGUCUCAAGCACUGGUGAGGAGUCAGAAACAGUCUCUUUGCAAUCCCAUUCGUCCCAAGCCUCGAUACCAGACGAAGAGAUUAGUUUAUGGGUUGACGAGAUGGAGGAACAAAACAGCAAACGGCAGAAAUUAAACGAAGCUGUCCACAGCAUCUCAGGUGGCCGCUACAGCCCCGUAAUUUCCAGCCUGAACACGACCUGGGACGACGUCUCCGACACCCAGCAGCGAUAUUACAUCCGCAAAGCUAAGGAGACUAUAGUGACUUCAUUGUCUGUCAUCACUCCCGGUCAAGAGGAACUGGUUUGGAAGGCGUUACAAACGGAGGUACUUUUGGAUCCAAACAGAGACAACCAAGGAAAGCGCAAGCGUUUUGAUCCCAACUCUGGUCUUGUCGACAUUUUAGUCAAGGCCUAUGAGCAAGCAGGUCAUUGGCAAACAAAGCGACAGAUCCUUUCCCUCUUUGCAGACGACUUUUGAAGAGCUGAGCUUCAAGAGAUGAUCCCUGGGCUUUCCAAAUGGCGCAUCGACCAAGCUCGCCAACAUGCAACGGAAGCAGGGAAAGGCCAGCCUCUCCCUGAAAUUCCUAGUUUCCGUACAAGAAUUGAGCAUGAAAAGGUGGAUCAUUUCAUUGAAUAUAUCUCCAGACCAGAAUUUGUCCAAGACGUGGCGUUCGGGACAAAGACUCUCAAGCUUGACUCGGGGGAGAAAAUUGUCAUACCAGCAGUCAUUAGGACCGUCAUUCCUUCACGCAUCAUCAGACAAUAUUUAGACUAUUGUAAAGAACAAGAGUUCGAGCCGGCGAGCCAGCGUUCUCUCUACCGAAUGAUUGAAGUGUGUUCGGCCUCUAUGCAGAAAUCCCUUCAGGGACUUGACAACACCACUGCAGAGGGUACAGAGGCUUUUGAUCAACUCUUUUCUAUGUUGGAGGCCUUAGCAGAUCAGGGCAUCAACGUUACUGCCACUCAGAAAUUUCUAAAGGAUGCAAAAAGGUACUUAAAGAAUGAUUUCAAGACACACAACGGACGAGGAGAACAUUGCAGUGAUCACUGCACGGUCCACGCACUAAGUGACAGUAGUGCAUGGGAGUUCAGGGGCGAAUGUGAUCAUGAACAUUGCUACGAAUUUGAGCGCUGUGAGAGUCUAGAGGGAGUACUGAAACAGGUGGCAGAGAUGCAAGACAAAGCGGACAUGACGGAAGAGGAGAGGGUUAGGUGGAGGUUUGAGUACACUGAGAGUGUGCGCAACAUACAAGCGUGGAAGGCUCACUUGCUACGGUCAAGUAACCAGGAAGAAGCCAAGCAGCAUAUUCUCAGAAGCUAGACGACAACUCGUGUCUUGCCAUAAUGGACUGGGCAAUGAAGUUUCUGCCUGUGCAAUACAGAGAACACAUGAGUGAUUUUUUUGGCAAGAGAGGAAGAAGCUGGCAUAUCAGUGCAGUAAUCACUAGAGCAACAGUGGAGAGCAAGCAUGAAGUCGAGUGUUUUGGACACAUUUUCAACAACUGCACCCAAAAUAGCUUUGCAGUUCUUUCAAUAAUAGAGGACUUGCUGCAAAAAGUCAAACUGGAGUAUCCAGGGGUGACAAGAGCCUACCUCCGAUCGGAUAUCGCUGGAUGUUACCACAAUGGGCCUCUGUUGUUAAGUCUUAGAGAAGUAGGGGUGAGAAUUGGUGUCAGGCCAGUGCGAUAUGAUUUCUCAGAACCACAGGCUGGCAAGGACAUUUGUGAUAGGACGACUGCUGCUAUGAAGGCAGACAUAAAGCGCUGGGUCAACGAAAAGCACGACGUCGUCACUGCUGAAGAUAUGAAAGCAGCACCAGAAUCCCAUGGAGGUAUCAAAGGGUGCAGAGCAGCGGUCGUUGAGGUGGACACGACCAGGGAAAGAAACAAAGAUAGCAAGAUACCAGGCAUUAGUGUGUUGAACAAUUUCCAGUAUGAGGAGUGUGGCAUCCGUGUGUGGAAAGCGUACAACACCGGCCCUGGACGCCUCAUCCCUUACAGCGAGUUACACCACAAGGAGAUACUGGAAUAAGGGUGGUAAAGCCAUUUGGUCAAGCUACACUCAGGGGAAGCGUGGGUGAGAGCGUCAGGUACCAGUCCGAGAUCUACUCUUGCCAAGAAACUGGAUGCGUCCUCACGUUCAAGACCCAAGCAGAGGCAGACAACCAUAUGGACACGGGCAAGCACUGUCUUGAGGUGGACUGUGAGUCCAUGUAUGACCGCGUUAGGAGGAAAUGGGCGAGAAUUGUGACUGGGGUGACGUUCGCUCCGGAUGUGCCAACAACCUCAUCGCAAGGUGAGAAUAGUGGCAGCGCUUUCAGAGAACAUGACCCUAGACCAUUGGGGUGGGCUCUGAAGGUAACAAAAUGA